AUGGAACAGUUUACCCGUAAACAUUUGCGACUUCUAGAAAAGGAAAGGGAGGCUGAAUUAGAAGAAACAAGAAUUUUGACAGAGAAGUUGCCCAUCAAAGAGCUACAGAGGAGAGGGGUAUGUCUUCUAAAGCUAUGCAUAGCGGGACGGAGAACAGGAUUUUAUGGGAGAAUUGUCAUCACAUUUGAGAAGAGCAGAAAUCAACAUGAGCUGCCUUCCCACAAUUUCACGCCAGGUGACAUUGCUGGGUUAAGUCGGUCUUCUGAUGACCAGACAGAAGAUAUUGGUUCAGGAAUCAUCACCAAGGCCAGUAAAACUUCUAUUUGUGUUGCUUUUGAUGAUAGCCAGGAUCUUUUUCUCUUAAGAGAUGAUGAUUCAUAUAAACUGCAGAAACUAGCAAAUGAUGUCACUUACAAGAGAUUAAAACGAGCUCUUCAUGAUCUACAAUCCCUCACUCCUUGUCCAGCCAGCCGACUUGUUGGAGUGUUGUUUGGGGAAAGGGAGUUAACUCCACCUUAUAUCAUUAAAGAAUUUACAUUCAUAAAUCAAAACCUGGAUGACUCCCAAAAAGAGGCUGUGAGAUUUGCCUUGUCUCAGCCAGAGUUAGCUGUAAUUCAUGGUCCUCCAGGCACAGGAAAAACAACUACAGUCGUGGAGGUCAUUACGCAGGCUGUUAAACUUAACAUGAAGGUAUUUGUGUGCACCCCCUCAAACAUCGCUGUAGACAAUCUGGUGGAGAGACUUGCCAAAAACAAACUGAAAAUUGUACGACUUGGACAUCCUGCACGAGUUCUUCCACACAUUCAGAAAUACUCCCUAGAUGCCAUCUUAGCAAACAGUGAGGAAACUAAGUUGGUAGAAGAUGUACGAAAGGAUAUUGAUAAAGCUUGGUCACAGAUGAAGAAAACUAAAGACAAAGGAGAGAAGCAUGCACUGCGUGGAGAAAUGAAAUUCCUUCGGAAAGAAUUGGCACAGCGUGAGCAAGCAGCAACAAAAGAGAUAUUAAAACGAGCAGAUGUUGUCUUGGCAACACUGACAUCAGCUUCUCCAGAAGGACCAGUCAAAUUUCUGGAUAAAGAUCACUUUCAGUUAACUGUCAUUGAUGAAUGUUCACAGGCAGUUGAGGUGGCUUGUUGGAUUCCCUUACUGAGGGCCCCUCGAUGUGUUCUAGCUGGGGACCACAUGCAGUUACCUCCAACCAUCCUCAGUCAGGAAGCAGCCAAAGACGGGCUGGAAGUAACCUUGAUGGAAAGGAUAAUUGACCUCUAUCAUACCAAAGUGGUCCGCAUGCUGACCACACAGUACCGCAUGCACCAGCUAAUCAUGCAGUGGUCAUCUGAUCAAAUCUAUCACAGCAAACUGACAGCUCACCCUACAGUGGCUGGUCAUCUUCUCAGUGACUUGGAGGCUGUAAAUGCAGAGGAGGAGAUAGCCAGCAUGCCCCUACUGUUAAUUGACACAGCUGGUUGUGACUUAUCUGAGAUGGACACACCUGAGGAAAUAUCUAAGGGAAACGAAGGAGAGGCAGAUAUAGUCUGUAGUCAUGUUGACAGGCUGAUUAUGACAGGUGUAAAACAGCAGGAGAUAGCAGUCAUAGCUCCCUACAACUUACAGGUGGAGCUGUUACGCCUCAGAAUCUGCCCUAAUUAUCCAGAUGUGGAGAUCAAGUCAGUGGAUGGUUUUCAAGGACGUGAGAAAGAAGCUGUCAUCAUAACACUGGUCAGAAGUAACAGGAGAGGUGAAGUUGGAUUUCUGUCAGAAUAUAGGAGAAUAAAUGUAGCAGUGACCAGAGCCCGGCGCCACCUGGCAGUGAUUUGUGACACUGAGACAGUUUCACAUAACAACUUUCUCAAGUCUUUGGUAGAUUAUCUGGGAUCACAUGGAGAGGUGCAGACAGCUCAGGACUACAUAGAUUCUGGAAUUUUCAACAACAAAAAUAUUCGUCCUGAACAUCUUGAUGAUCUCUUGAAAUUGAACUCGGUUAAAAAGAGUAAGGGAUCUGCAGCCAGGCCAAAAUCAUCGGUGUCCAAACCUAAACAGACUCACAGUUCUGACAGUAGUAAAACAGUAUCUGCCAUUGGUUCUUCAAGGGAUCAGAGAAACAGAGACAGCAAGACACAUCUAAGUGAUGAAGUGAUUACAGAGCAGAAAACACAGAAGUAUAGGGAGAUCCUAGAAAAGUUUGUUGCCAAUACUGAAGUGGAUUGUAUGGAGUUCCCAGCUACACUCACAUCUUUUGAGAGAAUGCUGGUGCAUGAACUAGCAGGGAAGCUGUCUCUAACUCAUGUCAGCAAGGGAGAAGAUAAGGAGAGGUUCAUUGUUGUGUCCAAACCUGGUGGUCAGGUUCAAUCUAAGACAACAAAGACUUCUAGUCAUCAGUUGAGAAAUGAAACAGAAGAGACUAAAAGUAUUGAACCUUUAGAGGAAAAGUCAACGCAGCAGGAGGGAAAAAAAAGUGACAAGUUAGUUUGUCCUCACUGUAGUAAAGAUGUCAUCAAGGCCAACUUCAGCCUACAUGAAAUCCAUUGUUCAAGAAGAGAAUGCUCUGCAAAAGCAAAUAAAAAGUCUCAGGGCACUUCAGCUAAGGUCACGGUAAAACAACAAAAUGGUAUAAAAAAGCUGUCUCCACCAAGUGCUACUGCCAAAAUUGAAAAAGUGGAUGCAGCUGACUUUGAUGGAUUGCUAGCUGCAGCUCAGAAACUUGAUGAAGUUUGUGGCUUCACAAAAUGUAAAGUGAAAGUGAAGACCCUGGGUCAACAGUGUGAGUUUUGUAUGAGACGUUUCUGUUUGUCUCACCAUAUUCCGGAGAUUCACGGGUGUGGAGAGGUGGCUAAGGCUCAGGCACGUUCUAUGCAUGUUAAGAAAGGUGUUUUGUAUUGUAGCAGUGCUACCAAACCACCUCCACCAGAUCCUGCCCGACAGGCUGCUCUCCAUAGGAAACUGGACAAAAAAUUGAGUGACUUGACUGCACAGCGUUCAAAAUCAGCAAAAAAGAAAAAUAAAAAAUAAUUUUAUGAAAUGAAAUUUAAUAGGGACAGCAAUUUUUCUAAAGCUUUGUUGGACUCUUAUCUUUGUGAAGGAAAAAUAUAACAAGAGGCCAAAGGGGCCUGCAUCACUCACCUAGAUAAUUUAGCUAUUCAGCCAUUUAAUAAAGAAUUUCUAAUAUGACAAAAAAUUUCCCUAUUGGGUCCCACCCUUGUGGUCAAACAGAGGUCAAAUUCAUUUUCAUAAAAAUUGCUGGGAUGCACUGUUUAUACAGAAUUCACUCCUCUUCAACCAAGAAUGGAGACCAAAUUCAGGCUAAAUCAGAAAGUGAUCCAAGUCAGAAUUCAAAAAUUUAGUUAAAAUCUAAAAGGUGAAUUGGUGAUGAAGUUGUAAUUUAAGCUGAUAGUAUGCAGUGUGCUCAAAAUUGAUCUUUUACCUUUGUUAUGAUAUUGAUCUGUCCAAAUAAAUGCUGACCAAGACAUGAUUCAGUAACUUAUUUGGGAAAGGAAUUAAUAUUUACCCUUUU